CUCUCGCAAGCAAAAAUCACAACGCAAAUGGUGGUGAGUACCUCUUGGGCUCUCCACCUCCUAUCUCUCCACCUGCUCCUACUCGCCGCCACCAACAAGGCCACUACAUUCAGCAUCAUCAACCAAUGCUCCUACACCGUGUGGCCAGCUGCCGUCCCAGUGGGAGGCGGCAAGAAGCUCGACCCAGGGGAGGCAUGGGUUCUGAAUGUGCCCGCUGGCACCACGGGCGGGCGCAUCUGGGCGCGCACAGGCUGCUCAUUUAAUGGCAAUGGUAACGGGUCAUGCCAAACAGGCGACUGCGGCGGUUUGCUUGCCUGCACGGGCUAUAGCCAGCCGCCCAACACGCUCGCAGAGUUCACAGUUGGCCAAGGACAAAUGAAAGAUUCCUUCGACAUCUCCCUCAUCGACGGAUUCAAUGUGCCCAUGGACUUCCUGCCGGUGCCCGUUGAGGGAAGGUCAGUGUGCAAGGGGUCACGCUGUCCAGCCAACAUCACAUUGCAGUGUCCAAGCGAGCUGAAGGCACCAGGGGGGUGUAAAGAUGCAUGCACGGUGUUCAACCAGGACAGGUACUGCUGCACCGGUAACGCGGCAAGCAAUUGCAGCUCCACGAACUACUCGAUCUUCUUCAAGAAGAUGUGCCCAGAUGCCUACAGCUACCCCAAGGAUGAUAGCUCCAGCACUUUCAGUUGUCCGACGAGCACCAACUACCAGAUAAUCUUCUGUCCCCUGACAAAUCAAACAAUUUCUCCUGCAGCUGUGAGUCCUCUACCUACACCUGCGGCCGACAUACCAUCUGCAUCUCCAAGUCCCCUACCUGCACCCAUUGGGCCAACAAGCAAGAAAUCCUUGACAGCAAGCAGAGUUCCUAUGGUUCUAGCUCCUGUAGGCGGCUUCAUUUUGUUAACAGUGUUAUUCAUCUUUACUUUACUCAUAUAUAAACGAAGAACACGGCGACACCAGGAGAUGAACGAGGAAGAAGAGUUUGGAGGGCUACAAGGAACGCCAAUGAGAUUCACAUUUCAGCAGCUAAAAGUAGCAACUGAGCAAUUCACGGAGAAGCUAGGGGAAGGAGGGUUUGGAUCUGUUUUCAAGGGACAAAUUGCUGAGGAAAGUAUUGCCGUAAAACGUUUGGAUAGAGCUGGUCAGGGAAAAAGAGAAUUCUCAGCAGAGGUUCAGACAAUUGGCAGCAUUCAUCACAUUAAUCUGGUAAGAUUGGUUGGUUUUUGUGCGGAGAAAUCCCAUAGGCUCUUGGUAUACGAGUACAUGCCCAAAGGAUCCUUGGACAGAUGGAUCUAUUUUCAGGAUGACAAUAAUGCCCCUCCUCUGGACUGGAGCACGCGAUGCAAGAUUAUUAAGCAGAUAGCUAAGAGCCUUGCUUACCUUCAUGAGGAGUGCACGAAAAAGAUUGCCCAUUUGGAUGUUAAACCGCAAAAUAUCCUCUUAGAUCACAACUUCAAUGCUAAACUUUCGGAUUUUGGACUAUGCAAGCUCAUAGAUAGGGAUAUGAGCCAAGUGGUUACUAGAAUGAGAGGCACACCAGGAUAUUUAGCUCCUGAAUGGUUGACAUCACAUAUCACGGAAAAGGCAGAUGUCUACAGCUUUGGUGUUGUGGUCAUGGAAGUCGUCAGCGGAAGAAAGAACCUUGACACCUCCCGAUCAGAAGGGAGCAUCCAUCUCAUUACUCUCUUGGAAGAAAAGGUGAAGAGUGAUCGAUUGGCAGAUUUAACUGACAAUAACAGUUACGACAUGCAAGCACAUAAGCAGGAUGCAAUCCAGAUGAUGGUGCUUGCAAUGUGGUGUUUGCAGAUUGAUUGCAAAAAAAGGCCUAAGAUGUCUGAGGUCGUCACAGUUCUUGAAGGUAAAAUGGAUGCAGAUACCAGCAUAGAUUAUAACUUUGUCACAACAGGUCAAGUAAAUGUUGGUAUUGCUGGAAAUGUAAACCCUUCAGCUCCACCUCUAAACUCAGAUGUAUCAGGGCCCAGGUGAAAUGAGACUGUCCCGGCAAAAAAGCCAAUUAGAUUGUGAGCAUGAGUUUCUCUUAUGUAAAAGAGAAGCCCCGGCCUGUUGUAUUUACUUUCUCAAAUUACUA